GCUGGUGAAAGAACUAGGAAACCAGGAGAUUGUUCAAAUAGCAUGUGGGGACCGGCACGCCAUGGCCCUCUCCAGAGGGGGUGAGCUCUUCACCUGGGGCCAGAACGCUCACGGACAGCUUGGAGUGAGGAGCCAAACCACACCCAUCCCUCAACCACAGCUGGUGGAAAGACUAAAGGGGAUCCCACUCGCUCAGAUUGCUGCUGGAGGAGCUCACAGCAUCGUCGUGUCGCUCUCUGGAGCUGUGUACUCCUGGGGAAAGAACAAUUUUGGGCAGCUGGGACUUGGAGACACAAAAGACAGGCGUUGCCCAUCCUACGUUGGAGCGUUGGAGCACUGGAAGGCUGUAUUUAUUGCAUGUGGGGCAGAUCACACUGUGGUUCUCUCCAAGGACGGGUUGGUGUGCACCUUUGGAGCAGGAGGGGCUGGCCAGCUCGGUCACAACUCCACCCGGAAUGAACUCACGCCUCGUGUGGUGGCCGAGCUGUGGGGAGCAAGAGUUUCGCAGGUUGCCUGUGGCAGUCAGCACACCCUGGUCUAUGUCCCCUCCUUGGACAAAGUCUAUUUGUUUGGUUCUGGUGAAGAACAAGAGCUGGGAGAUGAGAGAAAGCCUAGUCAGUUGAUACCGCUUCCCGUCGAUUCACCGGUGAAUGCUGGAAAAUCCUGUCAGGAAAACAACACGUCACAAGGGAUGAUUGAAAUUACUGCAGGAGGAAACCAAAGUAUUGUCCUGUGCAAGAACAAGAAUUCCUGUUUGAAUGGAAUUUCCACUCUGAAGGAUGAAGACGUGGAUACAUGGUUUUCUAAUUCCAGUUCACAACAUUGGGAGAGUAUAAAAAAGAAUAUCAGGCUGAUCUUUUCAUCUGACGCUUGCAUCAACGGAAGCUUCCUGGAGAAAAGAGACAGACAUUUCAGAACUUCCAAGGAAGUCUCAGGUGUAGACAUGUCAGAAGUGCAACGUUUUUAUAACAAGAUCAGCAAGAAACCAGAGGUCUUCCAGGAGGUGCAAAAGGAGAUUGAGAAGUUACUGCCAUCGUUGUCUUCCUCUCCCAUCUCACCUGAAAAUUUCAGAGUCUACUUGAUCUUGCCUUUCCUUCUGCAGGGAGAGGAUAACAGCUCUUACCGUUCUCUCGGGCUGCUAGCACAAGCCAUCACGAAGCUUCAGCCCAAGGACCUGCAAACUCUUGAAUGCCUGUGGUCAAAUCUAGAAACAUCCUUCUUCAAGCAGCUGGUCAUUCUAUAUCAGAGGGUUUCCCAGAAAAACCUGUUUCAAUUUGUCUUGGAAGUCAGCAUUGCUCAAAGAAAACCCUUCAACCUGCACCCACAUGAAACAGAGACUCUGCAAGUACUGCAGAUGCUUUACCAGGUGAACUCCAGAGCUGGUUUCGGACUACAGGAAAACAACUUCUAUGUGCCUCACGUCAAAGAGAUUAUCGGAUUUUGUUGGUCCUUCAAUAUGGCCCUGUGGAAGCUGACCAAAUAUCCGUGUAUCUUUGACACGCAGAACAAGAUUAUUGUUCAUUAUAUGGAAUGCAAGGCGCUGUCCAACCCCUUCAGUCAUAUACGCUUAGUAUCGCCAGGCCAGAGACACUGGGUUUUCCCGGUCAGAAGACAGUGCCUUCUGCAAGACAUAUGGACCAAUUUAAAAGCUGCCCCAACCCACCAAUUCAAGAAGAUCUUACAGGCAGCUACUGGACAACAGACGUGGUCAACAUCCAAGUAA